AUGACCAUCGGUGAUUUGAGCGGCGAACCUUUGGCUGCCAUUCUUAAAGCACUCACUCUCAAGAAUACUCCCACCACCCUUGCCGCCCAAUCCUCAUCAAGCUACGAAACAGAGCCCUCAAGCUCCUACCAAACAUCUUCAAGCAGCAGUAGACCUAUCGACGUCGUCGCAACUGAUAGUACUCCAUCCACCAUGAAUACCGCUGGUUCUGCUUCAUCCACCAUUACCGCCAAUGGUAUUGCUUCAUCCACCAUUGCCGCCGCCAGUGCUGCUUCGCCCGCCGUUGCCGCCACUGCUACUACCUCGUCUACCAUUGUGGAAGCUCCUCUCCCCAUUCUGGGUAAAUCCCGUCGACGUGCUCGCCCUGGUGCCGCCAUGCUCAAACAUGGCUCACACUGCGCUGUUCACAGCGGCCCGUGUUACUGCUACCUCCUUGUAAAGGGGCAACAAUUCGGAUACAUGUGGAAGUGGACCUCAGAUCUUGACAAAAUGGGCGCGGUUGAUCCUGGCAAACAUGGUUUCUAUACGAAUGGAGAGGGCACUAGUCCAGAUGAUUGUCCUGGAGUUGAUUACAUCGAAGAAUACGAAGAGGAAAUCACAGAGAUGAUGUGGGAGGUUUUCGACAAUUAUGUGCAGAGAAGGGCUGAACGAAUGAGGCUGCCAAAGAAAUAA